GGAGCAAAUUGGCUGGUUGUGAUACGACGUCGUAUCGCCGAGUUUUUACAGUUCCGAUCAUCUCUUUCCUCACCGCACAAGGCAAGAAAUAGUCGUCGGCUCCUCUCUCUCUCUCUCCUCUGCUCUAUUUGAAUAGUCGGAAAAUUCUGUUAUCAUUUAUCGGCGACGGCGAGUUGCCGGAGUUCGCAAAUCGCAACGAUCUUUCCGUUCAUUGGCGUCCGUUCUAUUUCCUCCACAUCUGCUGCCUCCCGCUCUCCGAAUAUUGCGCCUGUCAAUCAAUCAAUCAAUCAAUCAAUACAGCCAGCCACGGUUCUUUGCCUGGUGAUCAGCUGAUACAUUCAUAAAUUGCAUAUUUGUAGCUUUUUCUAUCUACCUGUUCAAUCGUUUGGGAUUGAUCAUCGGCUUCUGUUUGAACGUCAAUGGAUGAUUAUGUUACUAGUGAGGAAGAUCACUAUUACUCUGAUCGAGACUCUCUCAACGGACUCGAGAACGAAGAGUCUGAGUGGGCCACUUCUAAAGGCCCUUCCAGCAAGGUAAUUAAACAGGAGUCGCUUUUGGCUGUACAGAGGCAAAGUUUGCACCAAGUGAUGGAGAUGGUAUCAGUAAGAGAACACCACGCGAGGACUCUUCUCAUUCAUUACCGGUGGGACGUGGAAAACUUGCUUGCUGUGCUUGUAGAGAAGGGGAAAGCUUGCUUGUUUUCUGAAGCAGGUGUUACUUUUGUUGAUCAUGUUGAUAUUGGUUCUUCAAAGACUUCUUCCUUGAUAAUGUGCGAUAUCUGCAUGGAGGAUGUGCCUGGUAAUGAGGUAACAAAGGGGGAUUGUGGUCAUGGCUUUUGCAAUAGCUGCUGGACAGAGCAUUUUAUUGUGAAGAUUAAUGAAGGUCAGAGCAAACGUAUAAAGUGCAUGGCACACAAGUGCAAUGCCAUUUGUGAUGAGGCUAUUGUCAGAAAUCUUGUUAGUAAAAAACAUCCUGAUUUGGCAGAAAAAUUUGACCGGAUUCUGCUUGAGUCCUAUAUUGAAGAUAACAAGAGAGUUAAAUGGUGCCCUAGCACACCUCAUUGUGGAAAUGCCAUACGUGUUGAGGAUGAUGAGUUCUGUGAGGUUGAAUGCUCGUGUGGCUUACAAUUUUGUUUCCAUUGCUUAGCUGAACCACAUUCACCUUGUUCAUGUUUGAUGUGGGAACUGUGGAUCAAGAAAUGUCGUGAUGAAUCAGAAACUGUUAAUUGGAUUACAGUUCAUACAAAGCCUUGUCCUAAGUGCCACAAACCUGUGGAGAAGAAUGGUGGGUGCAAUCUUGUGAGCUGUAUAUGCGGACAAGCAUUUUGUUGGCUCUGUGGUGGUGCGACUGGGCGAGAUCAUACUUGGUCACAAAUAAGUGGUCAUAGUUGUGGCCGUUACAAAGAAGACGAACAAAAGAAGUCAGAACGUGCUAAAGAGGAGCUACAUCGUUACAUACAUUAUCAUAGUCGGUAUAAAGCUCAUACAGAUUCAUUCAAACUUGAAUCUAACUUGAAAGAGACAGUGAAAGAGAAGGUUUCAAUUCUGGAGAAUAUGGACUCCAGUAUAAAAGAUUUUACCUGGAUUACAAAUGGGCUUAACCGACUUUUUAGAUCAAGGAGGAUUCUUUCAUAUUCUUACCCGUUUGCAUUUUAUAUGUUUGGAGAUGAAUUGUUUAAAGAUGAGAUGACAGCUAAAGAAAGAGAAAUAAAGCAAGAUUUGUUUGAGGAUCAGCAACAACAAUUUGAAGCCAACGUGGAGACACUGUCAAAAUUUAUAGAAGAGCCGUUUGAACAACAUGAUGAGAAGAAACUUAUGGAUAUAAGGAUGCAAAUUAUUAACCUAUCUGUUAUUGUGGAUAAUCUUUGCAAGAAAAUGUAUGAAUGCAUUGAAAGUGAUUUGCUAGGUUCGCUUCAGUUUGGUAUCCAUAACAUAUCCCCAUACCAUUCCAAAGGCAUUGAGAAGGCUGCAGAACUUUCUAUAUGUCAUUAUCCUACUGACACCAAAGCUGAGAAGCGUCCAGUUCAUGAUGAUGAUGACACGAAUGGAGGAGGUACAAAAAAAAAUUCCAGGCCUUCAGGGUCUAAUGAUUCGGGAGAUGAUGGAUGCGGGUCUAGGACGAAACGGAGUAGAAAGGAAACUAUUGACAUAAGCAUGAUAGAUCUCAACUUGCCAGCAGAGGCGGUUGAUGGGAACUAAACCUUUUUGGAGUUGCUAUAUCUCUCUCAUGUAAAGAGACCAAAUUUGUACAGCUCUGAC